AUGCCUCCCUUUGGCAGCCGUCCAUGGAUAACUUUCAAGUUAUCGUUUUAUCCAAUGCUUCUGCCGAAUUCGAUGAAAGCCAAAACCAUUCUAUUUGUCCCUAUCUUCCAUUUUAGUUUUUUAUCCCUUUCCUUUCCCUUUGAAUUUUAUAUUGUCCUUUAUUACAUGCAUGUCUUAUGCUUUCAAGCCUUCAAUAAUUUGUUUAUAAAUUCAUCUACAUCUCUAAACAUAUGUUACAAUUUUCUUUAGCAUUUGUAUCUCUUAUUACAAACCAACAUAAAACUAUACAGGAAUAUAUACAUAAAUGGCAGAUUGGGCUCCUAUUAUUAUAGGCUUGGUCCUAUUUGUAAUAUUUUCUCCUGGAUUACUAUUUCAGCUACCAGGAAAAGGAAGGGCAAUUGAGUUUGUUAAUUUCCAAACAAGUGCUAUUUCCAUUUUUGUUCAUUCCCUUCUCUUCUUUGGCUUUAUGGUUAUCUUUCUUGUUGCUAUUAAAGUUCAUAUUGGUAGUGGUUAAGUUAUCAUGUAAUAUAUCCACAUGUCUUAGUGGCGAGUUUGUUAUU